UGCAGUCGCAUGUGGUAUACAAAGCACGAGUUUCGUAAACAACUUGUAUUUCAAUAUUUUCUCUUGUUACAUAAAUAAAUUUAAGAUUUAUAUUUAGAGGGCCAAGAACGUUGAUCCUGGACUUAAACUUUAAUCAAUUAACCAUUUUGAACCUUUUAAAAAUCAAAAACUCUGUGUUACUAGAGUUGACGGCAAGCAAUUUAAAACGGCCAAUUUUUCAAAACUUGACGGUUAUUUGAUAUGCAAUAAAAAAAAGCACGUUUAAUAUAAAAAAAAUCAACAUACUAAUAAUAUCUAUAAUAAGGUAAAACCAACAUGUCAAGAUUAAUCGUUAAAAAUCUUCCUAAAGAUGUUAAAAAAGAAAGUGUUAAGGAAUUAUUUGAGAGUCAAGGUGGUGAAAUAACUGAUCUAAAACUAUGUUUUACAAAAGAGGGAAUAUUUAGAAAAUUUGCUUUUGUUGGAUACAAAACAGAUACAGAAGCAUUAGCUGCUCUGAAAUUUUUAAACAAUACUUUUAUGGGUACGAGUAAAAUUCAUUUGGAGAUAUGCAAAGAUUUAGGCGAUCCAUCAGUUCCUCGUCCUUGGAGUAAGUAUUCUAAAGGCAGCUCUUCUUUUUCUAGAAAAGCACAUGAAAUUGAAGAAAGAAAAAAUUAUAUAAAAGAACUACAAUUUGGAAAAAGUAAUGAUUCAAAAAUAAAAAAAGAAUUAAAAGAAAAAUCAAAAAAUGAAUUUAAGGAUUUGGAAAAUAAUAGUGAGUUUGAAGACUUUGUAGGAGUACAUUUAAACAAAGGCAUAAAACAGUCCUGGACAAACGACAGUAUAAAUUAUAUUAAAACCAAAACUGAAAAGAUUUCAAAAAGAAAGAAAGAAAAGAGUGAUGUCAAAGAAAAUAUUAAUGUAAAAUUUAAUGAUGAGGACAAUGAAACAGAAGCUGAAAAACUCAAUGAGGAGUGGAACAAAAAAGAAGCUGUUACAAGUUGUAAAGUAGAAACUGCUUGCAUUAUUGAACAAAACAAUAAAAAUGAAAAUGUUGCAAAAAUCAAGGAUCAAACUUCUGAUUUAGAAUGGCUAAAGUUAAAAACCUUGCAGUCUAAAGGAGAAUCAACUGAGUCUGAUGAAAAAACUGAAGAAGCAGCCGAUCGAGAUUUAAAUUCUGAUGAUAAAGAAAAUUCAAAUGAUUUGCAAGAAAAUGGAAUGAAAAAAUCUUUUGAUCAAGAUAUCAAGUCUAUGACUGUUAAAAUGAGAGGAAUUCCAUUCAAGUGCUCGGAAAAAGAAGUCAUUGAAUUUUUUAAACCACUUAUUAUUGAUGAUAUACGAUUUCCUAAAAAUAAAGAUGGAAAAUCCAGUGGGUAUGCUUUUGUUGAUUUUAAAACUAUUGAAGAUGUUAAAAGUGCAUUAAAAAAAGACAAACAAAAGAUUCAGGGAAGAUACAUAGAAUUGUUUCCAGUAAACGAUCUAGAAAAUUUAAAACAGAAUGAUUUUAAUAAAAAGUGGACUCAAAAGGGAGAUGAGGCAGAUGAAGAUAUAUCAGACACAGGAAGGUUAUUUGUUCGUAACUUAUCAUAUACUUGCACAGAAGAUAGUUUAACAAACUUGUUCUCUCAGUUUGGACCAUUAGUAGAAAUAAAUCUUCCAAUUGAUAAAAACUCAAACAAAACAACAGGCUUUGCUUUUGUGACUUUUAUGAUGGCAGACCAUGCAAUUAAAGCAAUGUCUAAAUUAGAUGGAUCAAUCUUUGAAGGUCGCAUAUUGCAUAUACUUCCUGGAAAAUCUAAAAAAGUCAAAGAAGAAGAUAACACUCAAUCAUCAUCAUAUAAAGUAAAGCAAGAGGCCAAAAAAAAAUUGCAAACUCAUAAUUGGAACGCACUUUUUCUUGGGCAAAAUGCAGUUGUUGAUGUUAUGGCAAAUAGACUUAACAAAAGUAAACAUGAUAUUCUUGAUACAGAAUCAUCUUCUAGUUUAGCAGUACGAAUGGCGCUUGGUGAAACUGAACUUGUAUCAGAGACAAGAGAGUUUCUUGAGUCAGAGGGGGUUAAACUCGACUGUUUUGGUCAGGCAAAUUCCUUGCGAAGCAAAACUGUGAUUUUGGUGAAAAAUUUACCUCCACAAACUCUAACCAGUGAACUAAGGGAAAUAUUUUCUAAAUAUGGUGAUCUUGGACGUCUACUAAUGCCCCCAUUUGGGAUAACAGCCAUUGUUGAGUUUAUCCAAUCUAAAGAUGCAAAAAAUGCAUUUAAUAAUUUAGCCUAUUCAAAGUUUAAACACACACCCCUUUAUUUGGAAUGGGCACCUUUAGAUGUAUUGUCAGGAGAGGUUAAAAAAGUAGUUGAAAAAAAGGUUGAAGAUGUGGAAUCUGAAGAUGAAAUCAAUGAUGCACAAGCUGUUCUUUUUGUUAAAAAUUUGAAUUUUAAUACUGUUGAAGAGAGAUUUAAAGAGUUUUUUUCAAGUUGUGGAGAAAUAAAAACUGUAACAAUUGCUAAAAAGCAAGAUCCAAAAAAUCCUUCAGCUAUGUUAUCAAUGGGAUAUGGUUUUAUUGAAUACAAGAAAAUAGAAAGUGUUGAAAAAGCUUUAAAGCUACUUCAGCAUUGUGAACUGGAUGGUCAUAAACUUGAGCUGAAAAAGUCUCAUAGAGAAUCAAUUUUGCCUAAAGUAUCAAGAAAGCGUGCUAAUGAGAAAAAUCAAGUUAGCAGUAAAAUGGUGGUUCGCAAUAUACCAUUUGAAGCCACUGUCAAGGAACUUCAAGAAUUAUUUAGUACGUUUGGUCACAUAAAGUCUUUGCGAUUACCAAAGAAAAUAACUGGUACUCAUCGUGGAUUUGCUUUUAUAGAUUUCACUACUAAACAAGAUGCUAAACGAGCAUUUAAAGCUCUUUGUCAAAGUACCCAUCUUUAUGGUCGUCGUUUAGUUCUUGAAUGGGCUGAUGACGAUGAUAGUGUUGAUUUAUUAAGGAAGAAGACAGCUGAACUUUAUCACGAAUCUUCAGAGCCGUCUGCAAAAAAGUCUAAAAUGAACUUGCAGAGCGCACUUGAAAAGACAAAGAUUUCAUCAGAUAGUUUGUAAUAAAAUGUACUUACUUAUGUAAAGAAAUCUUAUAGUCAUUUAUUUAA